GCCACCCCGCAAUCAUCAACUACGAAAUUCUGAAUCAUUAGGUGUACUGGUGUGACGGUCGUAACUUAUAAACAUUUUCCCUACUAGGUACCUCCUAUGAUAAGUACCUAAAUCACUUGGUUACAAGUUCCUCAUCCCAUUUAACUAAUUUGAUUCAUAUCCUUUCCCCUCAUUAUUAUUAUCAUCAUCAUUCUCCCAAUUUAUCAUAAGCUUAAAAGAAUACGCGACGAUAAUGGCAUCCACUUCUACGACCGACGAGUCAACCUCGGCCGCCGCUACCGCAUCUUCAACGACAGCAGCAACACCGGCAGCCUCCUCAGAGCCCGUCGCCAUCGUAUGUGUCGGCAUGGCCGGAUCCGGAAAGACGACUUUCAUGCAGCGCAUCAACGCGCAUCUGCACGGUCAGCGAGAUCCGCCCUACGUGAUCAACCUCGACCCGGCUGUGCUUAACGUCCCCUUCGAGAGCAACAUCGAUAUUCGCGACUCGGUCAACUACAAGGAAGUCAUGAAGCAGUAUAACCUCGGACCCAACGGCGGUAUCCUGACCUCUCUUAACCUCUUCUCCACAAAGGUCGACCAGAUCUUGAAGCUGCUUGAAAAUCGCACCGCUCCCGACCCGGCAAACCCAAGCAAGAAACUUAUCAAGAAUAUCCUUGUAGAUACGCCCGGUCAGAUCGAAGUGUUUGUCUGGUCUGCUUCGGGUCAGAUUCUUCUCGAGUCGCUCGCUUCCACGUUCCCGACUGUUAUCGCAUACAUUAUCGAUACGCCCAGGACCGCCUCGACCAGCACGUUUAUGAGCAACAUGCUGUACGCGUGCUCGAUCUUGUACAAGACUAAACUCCCGAUGAUCCUGGUAUUCAACAAGACAGACGUCAAGGAUGCAGACUUCGCCAAAGAGUGGAUGACGGACUACGACGCCUUCCAAGCCGCGCUAUCGAGCGACGAGGCUGCCAACGCGUUCGGCGGAGUCGAGGGCGAGGGCGCGGGAAGCGGCUAUAUGAGUAGCUUGCUAAACUCGAUGAGUAUGAUGCUGGAGGAAUUCUACGCCCACCUGAGCGUCGUGGGAGUCUCGUCCAUGACGGGAGCCGGCAUCGACGACUUCUUCGCGGCCGUAAGGGAAAAGGCGGAGGAGUUCAAGAAGGACUACCGCCCCGAGCUCGAGCGCAAGCGCCAGGAGCGCGAGGAUCAAAGACAAAAGGCGCGUGAGAAGGAGCUGGACAAGAUGAUGAAGGGUAUGUCUAUGGGGAGCAACAGCACGAGGGAUACGUCCGUGAAGCCGCCCAAAGCAGACGAGGAUGAGGAUAUGCAGGACGAGAGCGACGAUCAAGAUGCGGAGGACUAUGACGACGACGUGGAUGACGAAAAUGACCGCGAGGGAUUACAGGCUAGGUAUGAGGCGGCGACGGGGGCAAAUGCUGAUUCGGUCAUGGAUGAUGCCAGCUUUGCCAAGUACUUACACACGCAAAGGAGAGGAUAAAAAGGAGGAUCUUGUCUCAACUAUAAGGUUACUAUACACAUACAUACGAUAGGGUAAAAAAAAGGCUUCGGGGUCUAGGGAGUUACGACGGCAUAUGAAGGCAUAGAUGGGGCGUGUAAUGAUACCAAAUUUCUGAUUUGCAUGAUUUUAUCUUGAGACCUGAAUACUUCUGUGCCCCUAAGGAAAAAAAACA